AUGGACCCGACCUACUCAAGCCGAGGCUUCGACGACACUUACUCACACACGCCCAGGUCGAGAGCCGGUAGUGGAGUAUCCACGACAGAAGGGCUGUUACAGAACUUGCAUCUCGCCGAGUCGACAUCUUUCGAGGCGGGGUCUUAUACCACAAGCAGGCCUUCGUCCUCCAGGGGGUUAGCCUCACCCGCAUACUUAAGUCCGAGCCUGUCCCACUCGCCGGGCUACCUGCCCACUCCCCUCACUCAACACCAAACGCCCUUCCCGCCUUUGUCAUCCGAAGCCGUGGUCUCGGACGCCGAGUGGUUCGAAUCGGAGCAAUCACGAGCCCAAGGCGCACCGCUCCUCAGGUUACAACCUGCACACGACCAGAUCGGGGCGUCAGCAUCAUCGCCUCCGCUACCCUCCAUUGAGACAGAAGCUAUGAGUACCGUCGCCGUUUCGUACGACCCGACGUUUACCAUGGGCGCACGAUCAUCAUUUACCUGGCCAGUGAUGGAAUCUAACAGCGGGCUCAUGCCCCCCCAUGACCUCGGCCCCUACGGUUCAGACGCCAGCCUCACCCCGCCAAGUGGAUCACGAUCAGUCACAGCAAGCCCACCCAGAACGACGCUCACCGCAGAGCAGCGAGAAUUAAAACGGCAACGGGACCAAGCACGGCACAACUCCAAGAUGCAAGUCCGCGGCCGGAGGACGGACAGCGGUUCUUCAGUCUACUCGCCACCCGUAUCCUUAUCCGACAUGACAACUAGCGCUUCCAGCAUGCCCGUGUACACGACCGCGCCAUCGCAAAUCUCCCUACUCGCCGAGCCGUCAGCACCGCAUUACUUGCCCCCGUUUUCGCCACCGCUGCAGGACCAGAGCCAGGCGGCCAUGUUCACGAACUCGUACCCUCCGCAAUCUUACAUGCCCGACUACUCGUACCCGACAUCGACGACCCCAAGUCUGCCGUCCCACUAUGGGCCACUCGUGCAAGACCCAAGCCUCGGGAUGUACCCAGUGCCCCCCAUCAUCCCGCCAGGGCCCCAGGACGCAAGCGGGCAAGUCAGAGUGGUGCACAGCCGGCCAAAGCCGCAGUGCUGGGAGCACGGCUGCAACGGGCGACAAUUCUCGACCUUCAGCAACCUCCUCAGGCACCAAAGGGAAAAGUCGGGACAGGCGGCGAAGGCGACAUGUCCGAACUGCGGAGCCGAAUUCACACGGACGACGGCCAGGAACGGGCACCUACUCCACGACAAGUGCAAAAAGAAGGGAUCCAGCUAAAGUGGUCGGCUAUGGGACUCAACGCUACGAUUACGAUGAUCCAACAUCUUUCUUCCUUCGACUCGAGAGGCGACUCCGACGACCCACUCCUGCGACAGCUUUCCUCUCUUCUUCUUUGUCUCGGACAAUGUACAAA